UUGAUUCAUGUUAAUAUUUAAAUUAAACUGUUUAAGUGAACUAUACACAAAUAAAUAAAGAAGCAUCAACUGUGAUCGAGAUUGGAUCUAUAAUUGUUCAAUAUAUGUCAUUUUAUAUAUAAAUCUUAAAUAUAUUUUUACUUUUUACAAACUGUGCGCCGAAAUUGGGCUUGAAACAGCAAUCAUAAACUGAAAUUAGAAAUAUCAUUAAAUUAAUCGUCAAUUUUAAUGCUGCUAUUAGCAUUGUAAAACAUUGUAAAUAUUUUAUUUUAUUGGGAAAAACAUUAUUUUAGUCAAAGCUAACAUAUUAAUAUAUUUAAAUUAAUGUGUAAUUAUUUGCUAAAGCGACAACAUCUUAAUUGUUAUUUUUUUUUAUAAAUGCAAAUUAUUACACAUGGACUUGUAGACAAACAUGAAUGAAAUUUUUGUGACAUUCAGAUGUUUCUGCACUUUGAUGUUUGCAUUAAUUAUAACUUAUUAAUUAUUUAUUUUUUCAUGAGUGUUUUAUUUUGAUUUACAUUUUUAACUUUGAAUCCACUGAUGAACAAUUAAGACUGUUUUUAAAUUUUUGAAAUAAUUCUUGGAUGAUUCUUAGACAUUCUCUGGAUUAUCUUGGUAUUUUAAAAUCAAAUUAUGCGGAUUUUUACAAAUAUUUCUUUAUUCCUUGGGAUGGAACACUUCUCACUUGUUUCAACGAGCGAAUGUUAAAUCCUGUCCCGUCCUCUUCUCUCGCGGCACUAUGGAUAAUUGUAAUGGAACGUAAUGAGGGGUACGAUGUCACGCAGCAUCGGCCAACAAUUCAAAUAACGCCAUUACGCAAUUCACUUCCCCAUAAUUUCGUGACGACGGAGAAGACGUUGGUGUCGAAGGCGGUUCGAGGCGCCAUUGGAUGCAGCAUUCGGCUUUCCGUGUGGAACACGAGCCACGACCAAUCCGAGUCCCGAGUGCCCGACUUUAUCUGGACCGCCCACGUGGGAGGACGUUCGUUUCUCUCUCUCUCUCUUUCUCUCUCUUUCUCUCUCUUUCUCUAGCCCUGUCACGUCGACGAUCAACGUCAUCUGCGCGGUCCAGAUUCCGCUCCCGUGCCAUGCGAGGCGAGCGGCAGUCAUCCGAAAACACUUAGCGGCGCAUCAUAGCGACCCGACCGAGACCCGAGACGUAAGCCCGUUACGCGCGCCGACGAAGCGAGUCUAAAUAAUUGACCCCUCCGCGGCGGAAUCGCGCAAACAAUUUACAUCCGUCCGUGUAAAUAUCCGCGACCUCGGAGUCACGCUUACUGGAAGACGGCGUAGGUCCCCCUUCAAGCGGCGGGGGUCGUUGCUCCGUGGUGAACGAUGAAAUUCUCGAUCGGGAUCAGGGUCGGGAUGUUGACUCUCGCGUAAGACACGUCGCGUCACAAUUAUAAUAUCGCCGUUCCUUUUUUUUUUUAUUCGGUGUAAUCUUUCGUGCGUUCCUCGAAUCAUUACCUCGAGCCAUAGUGCGUUUGAAGAUUGUACUUGUACCGCGCCGUGGAAAUCCGAGGGAUACACUCGCGUGUAAGAUGCUUGCCACGGGUGGACUUUGACGAUUGGGACCCAGAGCUCGAUGGACCAGAGCGUGAUCGUGCCAUCCGUGCCCCGCGACGCCGGCGUCGACAGCGUGCGGCUGACCAUGAAGAACGAGUCCGACGCAAGUAGUCUGCAUCAGCAGCAGCACCAUCAGCAGCAACCGGAACAGCAGACGGUCGUCGUGCAUCCGAGCUCGACGGUGGCCGGCGCGCGAUCGGCAGCGUUGUCGAUGAGCGCGGGCAGUCUUUCGCAGGAAACGAGCCUGGAGCCGCUCUUGUGCAAUCCGACGAGCAGCGAGAUGAAGGCGAGAAAACCCGGUGCGCGACGCCAGGAGAAGCCGCCGUACUCGUACAUCGCGCUGAUCGUGAUGGCGAUCCAGUCGAGUCCGGGUAAAAGGCUGACCCUCUCAGAGAUCUACUCGUUUCUGCAGCAGCGCUUUCCGUUCUUCCGCGGUACGUACCAGGGCUGGAAGAAUUCGGUACGUCACAAUCUCAGCCUGAACGAGUGCUUCAUCAAGCUGCCCAAGGGCCUGGGUCGGCCCGGCAAGGGUCACUACUGGACCAUCGACCCGUCCACCGAGUACAUGUUCGAGGAGGGGAGCUUCCGGCGACGGCCGCGCGGCUUUCGACGCAAGUGUCAGGCGUUGAAGCCGCAGUAUCCUCAUCAGUAUUACUCGAGCGCCGGCCCCGGGGUCGGCGUGCAGGCGUCCGGUCCCUACGACAAUCUGGCCGCCGGACCCGGGGGCAUUGAGUACGCGAACGGCUAUCAGAAUCAGUAUCAGAACUACCAGGAGUACGCUAUGUACGCGCCGAGCGCGGCGGUGUCCGCCGACUGGGCGUACCCGGAGGGCACGGCAACCUACAAGUCCGCGCCGCCGAUAGCCGAGGUGACUUACAAGACCACCGAAGUCACGUACAAGACCGGCGCCGAGACGACACCGUCGGUCUACAGGAACGGCGAGCUGGUGACGUUCAAGAGCGAGCCCGGGGCCUUCGGCGCUCGCGGCCAGGAUCAGCUGACGGCGUACAGGCCGCCGCCGGCCGACGGAUUCCCCACGGUGAAGGAUCAUCAUCCGCAGCAUCACGCUGACUACGUGAAGGACGAGGUCAUGAUGGGUUACAAGUGUGCCAACUCAACACCCACCACUCAAGCACCUGGGCAGGACUAUUACGUCGGUUAUGGCCUCAACAAUGCCACCGGUCAUGGCGUCAACAUCACCAUGCAGUCUAUGCAGGAGCAGCCGGCUGGUAACAGCAGUCCCGUCACCAACGUCAGCUCGCCGCACAGCGGAUGUCAAACUCCUGCCGCGGAUCACGGGAUAAAAAUGCAGUGCACCAAUUCCAGCUCCAGUUCGAACAAUUCCGGCGGCAGCAUUGUUGACCGGAAGCCAUCCUAUUUCGCGCAUCCCGGAGGCUCGAUGACCUUGAGCUCCCUAGGUUCACUAGGUUCGUUAAAUCUGAGUAACAUUGGUGGUCUGAGCAUAUCCAACAUACCUGGCACAGUUUCCACGAAUAUUCAUCACGCGUCGACACCGCCGCCCACGACGAUGUACUAUGAUCAGAUCAAGUACAGUAUGUGAAGAUGUCUUCCUUCCGAGGCAAAAAAAGUCAACAAAUCCAUAAAAUUAUUUGUCAUAUUAAAAGUUUCGUGUCUCAAACGUCGAAACGCCUUACAUUUUCGUGAACAAAAAUAAGCAAAUCUCAAUUUUAAUUCUCUCGUUACGUGCAUUCCGACGUCGCCUGGAAACGUAGAAUUGUAAGCUAAAUUUAUAAAAUGGCAAUUUUUGUUAAGUAACAUUAAAUCCAAUACGUGAGCUAUAAUUCUCAAACGUUUUAGUUUGCUUUUAUCAUUUUUCUUCUCUAAACGUACAUUAUCGCACAUAUUUUAAAAUCAAUAAGACAUCACUUCAAUAGCCUAUGAUUAACUAUAAAAAUUAAUAGAGGAACAGAUAACAAUGUGGGCUUCUAUUUUAAUUUUUUUUAAAUCGAAAUUACGAUGUUACUUUUUAAUGCCACGUUUUUCCUUCUGUUGUAUUACAUUUUUCUAAUAAUCUUUAAUGAAUUUUCGAAGUUUUCGAAGGUAUCUGUUCUAAUUUUUUUUUACUUCUCCGCUAUCCUAUUUAAUUCUAUAAAAGACUUUUAUAAUUUUAUAAAUAAAGCCAAUUAAAAAGUUAUUUUAUUUAAAAAAUGUCAGUAAUACAGACGGUUUUAGAAUUUCCUUAACUAUAAUUUUAAGGGAGCUUAUUACCAACAAAGUCCACAUUAUUAACUUUUUCUCUAAUUUAUUAAGUUUAUUAACACUGAUUUGCUUAGAAUUCGAAAACUAACUUACACGCGCACAGUUCUAGAAUUGCAGAUUUUUUAAGAUGUUUGUAAUCCAAUAAAUUUGACUUUUAAAUUGAUGAUUGCAUACGGAAAUAAAGCGAAUUUUAUUCUUAGUUUGCGAGAAUAAGCGAAACAUGUAAAAAGAAAUAUGUAAAAUAUAGUUUAACUAUAAAAUCUAGUUAAAAGAAAAGAGAUGUAUCACAAUUGAUCGUAGCUCAAGCGCGUAUAAUGCGUCGCGCGUCGAAAGAUACGUCUGCUUAAAAAAAAAAACGUUGAUGAAUCUCGACCGUAUUUGUAUUUAUGAUCCAUUAAUUGAUGUAAUUAAUUUAAGUUUAGGACGCAAAAAGUAAGUCUGUAGAAUUAAAUAACGUUUGCUAAGAAAA